CCUGAGCCGAGCAGCUGAGAGGCAGAAGGGGAGGGAGCUGCUCACUCACAUACACUCACACUCACUCACUCACUCACUCACACACACACACACACACACACACACACACACACACACACACACACACACACACAUACACACACACGCAGAGUGAGAGGAGAGAAGAGGAGAGGAGAGGGAGAGGAGGAGAGGAGACAGAAAGGAUUGUAGAAAGGAAAACAGUCUCCACGGCUCUGCAGCUUCUGACAAGGCAGCCUAAGAAACAGGAUGUUAAUGCUUGACGGAAUGCCUGCAGUGCGAGUCAAAGCUGAGCCCCUGGAAUCGGAACAAGGGUCACCUAAAGUGCGCCCUUACUCUGCGAUGGACGGCGUCCCCUUCUUCCUCAGCAGAGUUAAACCCGAACCUCCCGAAGACCUGCUCGCUCACGACCUGCACUUCCACACACAGACUGAGCCCGUUGACCUGUCAAUCAACAAACCCCGCCCUUCCUCUUUAUCAACCACCCCUACCACCACCUUAUCAUCUUCUCCACUCAGAUACGCUUUCUCCCCAUCUUCUUUAUCGUCGUCAUCCUCCUCCUCCUCCUCUCCAUCGGUGAUCACCUCAGCCUCAUCGGUGCUCACGCCAGGCCCUCUGGUCGCCCCCGGAUCCGGGGUGAGAGGUCAGUCGUAUUUGCACAUCCUGCACUCUGUGCAGCCGCCUCCAUCCAGCCCUCUGAGCCUGCAGGGAGUGGGGAAGCUGGCCAGCCAUGUUCACCGCAUCCCAGUUGUGGUACAGUCACUGCCCCUCAUGUACACCACUGCUGUUCGAUCACCCUCCAGCCUCAACAACGCCAUCAUGCUACCUCUGCUGGAUGAGGUGAAAAGACACGGCAAAGCACACACAGACCCCAACGGCCUGUCGCCAAGGCAGAUCAAGAGUGACAGUGACGACGACGACCUGCCAAACGUGACCUUGGACAGUGUUAAUGAGACCGGCUCCACUGCGCUGUCUAUAGCCCGCGCCGUACAAGAUUCCAUGUCCCCGUUCAGUAUUGACAGCAUACGCCGCCCCCGGAGGUCAGAGUCACCAGAUUCCAAAAAGAGAAGAAUUCACAGAUGUGACUUUGAGGGCUGCAAUAAGGUGUACACCAAAAGCUCCCAUUUAAAAGCACACCGGAGGACGCAUACAGGGGAAAAGCCAUACAAAUGCACCUGGGACGGUUGCACGUGGAAGUUUGCCCGCUCCGAUGAGCUGACAAGGCAUUACAGAAAACACACAGGGGUGAAGCCCUUUAAGUGUGCAGACUGUGACCGCAGCUUCUCCAGAUCUGACCACUUGGCCCUGCACCGACGGAGACACAUGCUGGUGUGAAUCAGACGGAGAGAGAGAGAGAGAGAGAGAGAGAGAAAGAGAGAGAGAGAGAGAGAGAGAGAGAGAGAGAGAGAGAGAGAGAGAGAGAGAGAUCAAUGGAACAGACACACACAAACACAGGCAGCCGGGGGAGCGGGAUCUCCCUUUGAAUGUUUUUCAGCUGGCCUGGACGCACACACGUACACGUACAUACACACACACAUACAGACACACACACACACACACACACACACACACACACACACACACACACACACACUCUCAUCCGUCGUAAGGAGAGAAGAAGAAGAAUCACAGAGCUUGUGGAGCACAACACAGGGUCACUUUUGGAUCCUCUUCGGGUUGGAAGGAAUAGACGGCAGGAUCUGUUAUUGUUGUUCAUUGGAGUAUAAUAGGGAACUGUCUUUUACAGCACUGUUUGUAAAUGUUUCACUUUGAUUUUUGAAGAUGAACUCGCACUCUUUAUUUGGACAAAAAAAAUAUAUAAUGCAAUCGCAACGGUCUCUUUUUUUUUUUUUUUGGUAUCUUUCUUUUCAUUAUUGUUCGAACGGCUGCUUUUCCAGCACUCAUAAUGUGAAAGACCCCAUUGUAUGGAACGGAUUUCCUGUGUGAGCAGAAAGAAGUUAGGCUUGGACUGGAUCACGGGAAAGGACUUGGGCCUUGUUACAGGCAGUAUUGUUGCACCGUGCAUCCCUGUGAGUCUGAUUUGUGACCAGCAGAGGGCGCCAUGACAUCACGGAUGGUUUCCUUGGCCUGCUGGAGCCUGCUUUUAUAUCCGAGGCAUCCCAUUAUGGAAGCUCAAAGAGGGCUGGACUUUUACCUGUCUCUUAGCCAGCAAACAAUAAAUGACAAUAACUCAAAUAGCCACAACCUGAAUGGAUCAACCUUAUCAACACGUCCAUUUUUACAGAAAUAAAUUACUUUUUUUUUCAAACAAUGAAAACUGGACACGCAUAUCAUCACACCAGCAAAGAAACGCACCAUUUAUGACCCACUCACAGGGCCGGACAACCCCAAAUCUCAUCAGUGCUAUUCUUUAUGUUGAGCCUCUUGAAAGCAUUUUCUUAUUAAAAAAAAAAAAAAAUCUUUGGUGGAAUUUGUGCUGUGAUUAGCAAUCAGUAAAGUGCAAUCUUAAAGGAUAAAUAUACUUUCAGUAUGACAACUUUUUGUUUAUUGAAUCUUACUACUUCUUUUUUUGUAUGCCUGCUUAUUGCUUAUGUUUGAAAAAUACAACCCCUCAUGUACAGUGAACUUGAAACAAUCAGAGGAGAUUUCCAGUAUGUGAAAAAAAAAAAUAGAGGCACCUUACAGACUCAUGCUUUCAUUCUGUCCCGAUUAAUCUAUUUUUUGUUUUAUAUUAUUAUUCAGCUCUGUUUUCUCAGCUGGGUUUGACAGUGAAAGGAACUUGCGUUGUGGUUUUGCACAGCGACACUUGACCAUAAGCUGAAACUGACAUGGGCUGCAGUGUUACAGGGAUAGUGUGCUACCUGAUGUACAAUACAGAAGAGCAAUACAUUACUGAACAAAGUGAUGAGAAGGAACGCCAAGCUCCUCUUUGUUCUGUUUGCUGAUGUCAAUAUCAGAGGAGAAGUUUCUAACUGGGCCAACUCUUCCCUCUGAACCACGACUCCCUCUGUUUGAUUGGUUUGUAGCUCCAGCACAAGGCUCUUAUCCAAUGUGUCUCAGUUAGUGAGUUACUCCCAAUCUGUUGAUUAUGUUACAGAAUACAGAAAGUCACUUGAAAUGUUCUCACCUCAGAGCAGAUAUAUGUUAUCGGAUUUACCUGAGAUUUGGCUAUAAACAAUGCUGAAAAAUGGAGGAAUCGCAUAUGCAUACAUAGUAUAGAACAUUUGUACAUGGAUGAAUACAUCAUGUAUGUACAGCAAGACUAUAUUUUGGAUGCCGUUACUGGCAGAAAUAUCACUUGUCAGGAACUUAAUAAAUAAAAAAAGCAAGUUUUUAUAGUCAUAAUAACAGAUAUUUUUGCAAGUAUUUCCAAUCCUCUUAACGCUGUGUACGACCUGCAAGACGUAAACUCGGAGCAUCAGGCCAUCCCAUAUUAUUUGAUGGUGCCGCUAAAUGCAUUUAUUGGACCGAAGCCAGUAAAAAGAAAUGGCAACCUUUUUGAUAACUGCACCUUGAAAACAAUCUGCACACUUUUGCAUAGAACAUCCUCACUUUCAGCAAAGUAAGCCAAAUCCAGGAAGUCAUUUCCACACAUGCACCCCAAUGUAUGUGACACCCAUUUGAUGUAAUGGAAAAUGGUAAUGUCUUUUAUCAUUAUUUAUAUAUAUAUAUAUAUGUUUUGUGCACAUGUCAUUAUGCCCAGUUGUAUUAUCAUUUUGGCAAAAGCAUAUCAGCACCUUGUUUGUUUAUUAGUAUGAUUUUUUUCGAAAUUAUUUUUCUUUCAGAUGUCAAUUUAUAAACAAAUAAUCAUCAUCAUAUUUUAUCCUCCAUAUAAUGUAUAAGAACAUUUUAUUGUCGAGGGGCACUUCAUCUUUGCAUAUAACUCUUUUUCUUCUGUAAAAAGGAUCUUUUGAAAUGUUGUAAUAUAUGUGAUAGUGAAGAUAAAACUUAUUACAAAGUUCUACAGCCUGUAUAUACAUUGGAAAAAUAGGGCUUUUGAUUAGUAGAUGCAGGAAAUACAUUUAUACAUGUAAAGUCUUUUUUCAGAGACUGUAAUUUAUCUAAUUUGAUAUACAGUGAAAUGGGGCUUAUGGUAUCCAUCAUGUAAAUGGUCAUAUGUGAUGUUAUAGAACGGUUAUGCUUUCUUUUGGUUGUGGUUUAAUAAGUUCAUGAUCAAAUCAUUUUUAUUUCCAAGGCUUUGAACCAGUGUUUGCUUUUAUCAACAAAAUUAUUUAUAUACAAUUACCAUAUUGUGGUACUCAAUUCCCUGUGUUGCUAUUUUGCUAUACCCGGACAAGAAAUUAUAUUGAUCAAGCACAUAUCAACACGUGUACUCUCGUAUUCAGUGUAUGACGUUGCAUGCCUUAAUACACCACUUUUUGCUUCGAUUCAAUUAGACUUGAAUAUGGUGUGUCCACAGGGUGUAUUAUGUUUCCCUUCAGCAUCUCUUUCCUCAUUUGAAAGCAUAAUUUUGUAACGGUUACCAGGGUCAAAAUUAUGCAAUAAUAAUAAUGAAUAGUGCCUCAUAUUGCAAACUUGUAAAUCUCAAAUGCUCUGGGCAGAGUUUGGAUUUCAACAUUGUGUGCUCAAAUUAAUAAAUAUCCAAUGAGAAAAACCAUACAUUUUGAAGAAGAAGAAGAAGAAGAAGAAGAAGAAGAAGAAGAAGAAGAAGAAGAAGAAAAAAAGCACAGACAACAUUAUGCAAGUCGGACCUUUAUUUAAUGUUUAACUUUAUUUUCGCACUGAGCCUUACGCCAUUGUGUCAAAUGCAGCAUCCUCCCAUAACACUUUCACAGGCUGUUUAUAGCUCACGUUAUUACUUUGCUUGCAAUAAGUCACUUCCUCCAGGGGGGGAACACAACUGAGUUACCAAGGCCUCUUGAUGUUUCAGCUUCAUCACAUGAACUCAACACGGAACACAAUGAGGAAUCCUGUUGCUGUAGAGCGACACCUUUUUUUGUUAUUGAAUACCGAUCUUACACUUUUCUCUCAGUUUGGAUAUCUAUUUUACUUUCUGUGUAACAUCUGCUUUUGAUUUCCCGGUUUUUGAAAAACAUUUUAAGUAGUGAAGCCAAUGCCUAUGUUUCAAGUUUGCUGAUAUUACGUACAGUAAUCGUUGUUCCUGUAUUUAUGUAAAGUGAGUGUAGUGUAAAUAUAUUCAGAUCUUUUCAUUCUUACCGUGGAGAAAAAAAAGAAAAAAAAAUUGUGAUAUUUGCUCAGCGUCGCUUCAAAAGAGAGAUUCUGCUCAUGGAAUUCCACAAUGUGUAAAAGAAAUUUUUAAUCCUGAUAUUUUUCAAAACUUCAAGAACAGGUGUCCUUUUUUUUUUUUUUUUUUUUUCUGUUUCGCUUUUUCUUUUCUCCAAGAGUUGUUUAAGUAUCCAGUCAGUGUUUUUUGCCUUUUUCUCUGUAUUUUUCAUAUGGAUGGAGCUGUGAAAUUAAAAUAAGUUCAAACAUAUACAUGUAUAUUAAUAUGAAUGGAGGCAUGAAGGUUAAUAAAGUUGCAUUUUGUAUGUAA